CAGCUGUCAUGAGGCACACAUGGAGCAGCAUCGCCUGCCUUUUUUCGCUGCUUAUGAGCCAGAGCACAAUUGGGUUUCUUCUGCCUUAUCCUUCCGGUUCUUUUCCCAUGGCCCGCCCUCACUCCACUCUUUCCUCUCAAGUGGCACUUUUCGCAACAACUGUGCCGCGAGCCGUCGGAUUGGAAGCAAUUCCAGAAGCUGACUUGAAAGCAGCGGACAAAACAGCCCCCCCAUCCACUUUUUUUGAGUGUACGCUGCAAGCAUACAACGCAGCAGCAGCAGCUAUCAAGGACGGUUACAAGCUGCUAGAAGUAGAAUUCCCUCCCCUACCUGCCGCUGAGAUGGCUUCCCAGGCCUCCAGCGCCAACAGCAUUGGCUCCGCCAACAUCAACCUGGCGAACGAGAUGGCCCAGUACUUCGUGCGUGAAGGCAAGCAAGUUGUGAUUCUUGUGCCCGACAAGGACGAAUUGGAUUUGAUCGAAGAGGGGCUCGGCACCCUCUCGCCUUCACCGAACGUGACCAUCCGCGCCGUCCGCGCCCGAAAUUCGGAGUCCGCCGACACCAUGGGGGAACUGAUCCUGGGGAUUUUUUCCCGGGCAGCCAAAGGCAAGGUCUUGCCCUGGUACAACGCGGACAUUUACAUCAGCGUCAUCUCCUCCGGCCAGGAGCUUCCCGAUCUGGAGGCUUUGCACCAAGCCGAUCCCACCAAGCCCCUCAUUUUCUUCAAUUUGAACCUGGAAACCCACCGGGGAGACCUGGGCCUGCCCGCCUUUCCCUCCAAGGACCUGCAUUAUCGCUUUCUGUCCAAUAUCAAACCCGUCUAUUUGCUUCGCACACGUCAGUACGCCCAGACCCUGUCCCGCCCUCCCUUCAUCCUGAACUACCAGGGUGCCCUUUUUCGAACAUACCCUGGGGGGUACCAAUGCAUGCUCGACACGGGAAACGGUCGGUAUCGCCGGGUGGAAACCUCCCGUGAACGUCCCGCAUUGAGCGGUUUCAAGGACAUCAUAACGCAGGCGUUGGAUGUUGAGGAUAAUGACACACUCGCCAGUUUGAGGAGGGGGGCCUUUAGCAAGACGUGGUGGGAGAAGGAAGAGGGAUGGGCGAAGGAAUCGUCGGACAACUGGCGUACGUGAGGAAAGAGGGAGUGGAGGAGUGAAGGAAAGGAAAGAGGGGGAGUAAGACGUUGGAAGUAGCAAGAGGAAGCAACUGGAAAUCCAGAGAAAGAAUGGGUGGAGUGAUGCAUCUGGAAGAAGGAUGCGUCACGACGAUGGUGGGUCGGAGGGGACGGGGGGUCCGGAGCGAUGGACCAGGUGGGCAAGGAGGGAAAGUGAGGACGCUAAGUCAGGCGUUGGAUCUUUGUAGAGUUGAUGCCCUCACGGACAGUGGAGGGGGGCCCAGAGGCACGAUAGUGAAGACUUGUAUCAUUUUUGCGGUGCUCGGUGUCGGUGAGACUGGAUUGAAACAGAGGUUUGGUUGCAUCCUUCGCGUGACCAAGGCAUUUUGUGGCUUCCCUAUC